UCGGAGGGGUGUGUUCGGCGGCCGGCUGUUGUUGAUAGGACGGCCGCCCGCCCGCCCGCCCGCCAGCCACAGGUUAUUUGCAUUUCACUCUGCCGUUCAGCCAUGGCCGAGACGGAUGGUCGGCUGAAUGGCCGUGGCUUUGCGGCUCCCAGGGCGGCCGGGCUCCUCACCCUUGUCCUGUGUGUCAGUGCCCUGCAGCUUGCCCUCACCAUCGGUUUCAUCUGUUACACCCAGAGCCAGUGGCUGCAGAAGAAUGUCGGUGGAAUCUCUGAAGAGUUCUUUCAGUGCCUGAGACUGAUCUCAGAUUUUAACAGUGGUACACCAAAUGCAUCAGAAACAGAAAUGCAGGUAGUCUCCGAGUCCUGCUCACAACAACUACAAGGACUGAAGCAACUUGUCAAGCAGGUGGUACACCCUAUUCCAGACAGAACAGGACGCAGAGGGGAAUUAUCAAGCCGCACAAAGGGUUCACAGCGAAUGGCACCGUAUGCCCACCUCACCAUAAAGAAACCUAUAAAAACAUCCUCGGGUAUCGCGACCAGUUUUCCCGGAUUGAAAGGCAAACUCAUAACGUCGUGGGAAGAGAAGGUGGGAGUUGCACACCUGAGGGAGAUGGGCUACAGCCAAGGGUCACUGCGAAUCAACCACCAUGGCUUGUACUAUAUUUACGCACAGAUCUUGUUUCGGUAUCAUGCCGACCAUCCCAUAAGUACCAGGGAGUACCAGCUGGUUCAGUACGUGUACAGAAAGAUAGCCAGAUACCCAAAGCCAACUCUCAUCCUGCGAGGAGCCAGCACUUGGUGCUCGGGGAACCACAACCUCUACUCAGUUUAUCAAGGUGGCGUGUUCAAUCUGCAGACUGACGACGAGAUCUUCGUCACCGUCUCAAACAUUUCAUUGGUCGAUAUCGACGAGGCAUCCAGCUACCUGGGAGCAUUCAAACUCGACUAACUUGUGAUAUCUCGGCAUCUUCAGGCUUUAACCUUCAAAUACUGUAGAGCCAGCACUGUAAUGUUGAUACUGUCAGCACCUUCUGAACUGAAAAGCUCCUCGCUUGAAUGUACAAAUUAAACAGUGGCUUUUAUAUCUUUUAAGACUA